AUGCCCCCUUGGAACGAUCACUUCGAAUGUGGUGAUUGCCACCGCGCAUUCCCGGCGGGCUGGCUUGCCCGCAACCAGCACUGCAAAGCAACAGGCCACGGUCGCCCAAACUUCGAGUGUGACAAGUGUCACUACUUGUUCCAUAAUGAAGAGGACCAGCGAAAGCACGAAAUUGACGACCACCUCUGGUGCGGCCCAUGUACGAGGGAGUUCCGUAGCUCCAACAACAUCCAGCAGCACCUUCGUUCUGGCGUUCAUGUUGGAUCUAACAUUACUUGCCCUUGGUGCAAAGGUGGAUUCGCCACUGCUGCAGGAGUGACCGCGCAUCUCGAGAAUGGGGGUUGCCCCAAUAUCAAACUCAACCGGCAACAGAUCUACGACUUUGUCCGCGCCAAGGACCCCCACGGGUUCCUGUCCAAGAACCUCAUCGAAUACCACGGCCACGAAACGUGGACAGCUUCUGACGAGUCCUACAACGGAAAGCAACACCUCAACUCGCCAGUCCAUCGGCCGGAAGUCUACCAUUGCCCCAACCGCCAGUGCGCCCACGACUUCAAGAGCCUCGCCUCGACUGCCAACCACCUUGAAAGCGAGUCGUGCGGCUUCAUGUCGUUUAAGGCUGUCCAGGACAUGUUCCCCACUAUGACAACCAGCAGGCUGAUGCUGGCAUUUUAG